CAGAGUAAAAGCUACCACUUUCCUUGCUUCAUUAAUCAGCCUAAAACUCUGAAAGACAUCAUGCUUGUCAAAUUUAUCUGCGCUGUAGUCACCAGAGCGUUGUUUAUUUUAGUAUCUCUCGUUGGUGUAUGGAGGGUGACAUGGGUAAAAAAUAAUAAUUUAUACUGGUUUCUGACUAUCCUCUAUCUACCUCUCGUGGCUGAAAUGAUUUUAACUCUGAGAAGAAGAAAGGGGAAGGAUUACAAAUGGUUUUCUCCAGCAAUCUUGUUUUUCCUCAUCAGUAUCAUACCAACUAUAUGGAUCCUUGAGUUGCACCAUCAGAAAAACAAAUCAAGUGAUACUAAGUGUACUAAUCUGGAUUCAUCUGAAAGCAUCCAAGCAUUUCUUGAUGAAUGGAGAAAUGCGACCAAUGGAAGCAUGAGUGAACAGGCCCCUCUGAAAUUUCUGUCAUCGGUUUGUGCCAAUGACUGGAUCCUGGCCCUUCAGCAAAUCGUCCUGAUCCUGCUGAUAGUGGGGAAGUGGCUGCUACCGAUCGCUGGAGGGGUCACCAGAGAUGAAAUAUCCCAGUUGUUACUCAUCUUUGUAGGCACAGCUGCUGAUAUCCUCGAGUUCAUCAGUGAGACGCUCGCUGAUGUGGAGGAGGACAGUAUACAGUUUGUGUGCAUUAUUCUUGCAGUCUGGACAUUGAGCAUGCUACAGUUUCCUUUGCAUUUCUCAGUGGUGAACACCAAACCUGAGGAUUUCUGCGAAAGCCAGGAUGACUCUCUCAUUGCCAAGUACAGGACAGAUAUGUGGGACAUUGCGGGAACCAUUUUUCUUCAAGAUGGCCCCUUCUUUGUUGUCCGACUUGCGGUUAUAAUUUCUUUCUCUGAUUUUCAUCAAAUGCUGGUCUUCUUUACCAUUAAGAACUUCCUAGUAGUGUUGAUUAACAUCUACAGGCUGUGGGUCAUUUGGAUAGAUAACACACCUUGACAUGUACAAACAGGAUCUUGUUCAGUCAAUCAACUGCAGUGAUGAUUCACUGGCAUGAACGUUAUUUUGAGAACUGGCACUGUGCCAGUCACAGUGAAACGUCUGAUUGUGCUAAUCAUUUUGAUUCAUUGUAACAGGACAGCUUAUUAAUAAUGUAUGCAUGUACAACAUGUUAUAUUAUUAAUGAAGGCUGUCAAAGUAAGCAUGAGAAUAAUGAAAUUUGGUGCUAUUUGUGCUGCUGUGUUAUUUUUAAGGCAGUUAAUGGAUGAAUUCAAUAAACUUUUUCAUUCUGCUGUGAUUUCUAAAACUAAACCUUACCACAGUACCACAGCAGACAACACGUUUAGUAAAUGAUGCACAACUGAUGCACAGAAAUUUUAAAUUGUGAUUUAUUUGAAAACAAAAUCGAUGAAAAUUAUAACAAUUACAGAUGAUAAUAAUAAUGAAAAAUUUAAGAAAAAGAAUAAAAAUGGGUACAACUGA